AUGGCCGACGUACCCUUGUGGUUGGGAGCAGCGGCAGGAUGGCUGGCGCCUGGGUGGUCGGCCUUGUUCAAUGCUGCCUCCUCGGCUUUUGCCUUCACCGCGUCCUUGCCCGCGACGUGCCGGCAAAGUGUGGCCCAUGCUUUGCUGGCGUGCUCGGGGGAGGCCCCGGUGUACUUCACCACCGGGUUUGGCCCCCUGAGCGCAUGGGGCUGGGCUUGCGUCGGGGGCGCGGCCGGGCUGCUGCUGGGCGUGGCUCUGGGCAUUUUCGCGGCCCACGGAUGGCGGCACAGGGUGCUGCAGGCCCGUCGGUUAGCGACCUCGCCCCUGGAGGAGCAGGGCUUUUGCUCCGACGCUCAGGCUGCCAUGGAGGCUGCGGCCGCCGUCUUGGAAAGCUUCCGAUGGCUGGCGCCUGGGUGGUCGGCCUUGUUCAAUGCUGCCUCCUCGGCUUUUGCCUUCACCGCGUCCUUGCCCGCGACGUGCCGGCAAAGUGUGGCCCAUGCUUUGCUGGCGUGCUCGGGGGAGGCCCCGGUGUACUUCACCACCGGGUUUGGCCCCCUGAGCUUGGCAUGGGGCUGGGCUUGCGUCGGGGGCGCGGCCGGGCUGCUGCUGGGCGUGGCUCUGGGCAUUUUUGCGGCCCACGGAUGGCGGCACAGGGUGCUGCAGGCCCGUCGGUUAGCGACCUUGCCUCUGGAGGAGCAGGGCUUUUGCUCCGACGCUCAGGCUGCCAUGGAGGCUGCGGCCGCCGUCUUGGAAAGCUUCCGGCUCGGCGGCGCACAGGAGGUUCGCACAAUCGCACGCGGUGCGGGGUGCUCUUCCGAAACGCUGCUUUGCCAACUCUUGCGGCAAGCGCUGGCAGGGGCGGCGGCGGCACAGACGCUGGCAGGGCCGGCGCCGGCGGGUCAGCUGCUGCCCGCCCAGCCGCCGGACGUCGGAGGGGCGAGGCUGCCGUCCUGCGCCGCUGCGGAGGGUACCUUGUUGCUCGGGGCGUCAUCGCGCGACGGUGCGGCGGCCGUGAGGCUGCUGACGGCGGGCUGCCGAGCUGGAGCGGCCUGUUGGGGCUGGGGAUUGGGGGCGGCUGCUGCACUUUUUGCCCGACGUGUGCGUGCGCAUUGCGGCCCCUGGGCGGGCUGCCGAGUCGGAGAGGCCAAAAACCCGGGGCCCGGGGAGGCCGAUCAGUUGGUGACGCAGCGUGCGUUUGCGGCGGCCGCCCUGUCCAGAGCGGGCAUAUCAGUGCCCGGACCCGCCGGCCCGAUGGGCUGGCGCACGCCCAGCCUUUGGAGUGAUGCCUCAGGCGAUGUUCCCGCGCUCGGGGGUGGCGCAGGCCCGGCAAUGUCUCUCCCACUAGCCACAGUGAGCGUGCCCUCGUCUGAAGCGGCCACGUUGCUCGAUGAGACGCCCCGCGUUGACGAGCCCGAGGGGCCGAUUGGUGGAGAGGCCGCCCCGGGCCAGCCUGGCGCCGUGACGCCGGGCUACGCGCCCGCCUCUCCCCCACGCUCCUUUAGCCCGCCCCGCCCCGCCUCUUGGUGGACACGUGGGCCUCCGUCGGGCGCUGUUUCCACUCGAGGCAAUUCCUGGUUGUACGUGCCCUUGCUCCACGCUGCCGCCGGCACCUUGGCCCGCACUGCUUUUGAGGAGUGGACGCAGCAGACAACGUGGCCGGGGUGGCUGCCCAUGGUGCAACACUUGCAGGAGGCGGCCCCAGCAGAUGUAGACGCCGUCCGUCUCGUGCUGCGGGGGCUGGGGGCGCAUCAGGCGGCCGAGCGGCUACCGGACACAACCAGUCGCGCCGUGUCCUUGCCGCUUGCGGCCAUCGCUUCUUCCCUCGUCGAAGCUGAUGGGUACUUCCACGCGGCGGUGCAAGAGACGCUGGUUGAGGCCUUUGCUGGCCAGGAGGCGGCGGCGCAGCUCCUGCGCUCCGCAGACGCCUUCCGCCUAGUCUCUGCCACGCGACCGGAACUUCACCCGAGUGUGGAGGCAACGCCGGAGUUGGAGCCAGGCGAAGGCAGCUUGCCCACACGGCGCGUGCAACAGGGUCGGCGAAGGGGUGCCAGGGGCGGCGCCCGCAACCAGGUGGAUGUGGCCGAGGCGGCAAUGCAGCGAGGACUGGACGCCUUGAACGACAUCGACCUUGCUGCUGUACUCC